AUGUCAAAGAGACUCAGAGAAAACGCACAAUGGACGCGUGCUAGCUUACUCGCUCCUUCUUGGUCUUGGCUGUGUUCUACUCAGUUCAAUUUGGGCGCUUAUUCGCCUACUACCGGUAGCUCUCAUUCCAAUUUGUAUACCUCAACAGAAAUAACUUAUUUGGAGAAACACCAUGACAAGAAGGCCGCAGAGGACAGUACAACGGAACUCAUCGAGUCUUUCAAGAAAGCCCACAAUGAUCACACAAGCACUGAAGAGCAGACAUUACGGGACCGUAUGACGGCAUUGGAGAGCCAAAAUGAACAGCUUAUUCGAGAACUCGACAAACAAAAGAGAACAACGGACUUGUUGCUGAAGCAGGUGAAACUAAUCAAAAUGUAUUUACACAGUUUUAUUGAUUCUGAUGAUAGUGGCAAAGAUUUUACAAACGUCACGCAUUCAGUCACUAUUAUUCAUGAAAUUUUUCUGUCUGUCCUUUUCUUCUGCACGUUUGUCACCGAU